UUUAUCGUGCAUCCCUAUUAUUUACAGUUUAUUGUAACUGGCCGUAAAUAUGGGACAUGUGCUUAUUCUUGGGCCCAUACAUUUUUAUUUUGUGCAUUUGUUUUAUGGAUGCAUACAGUUCAGAUAUUCAAAAAAGCCUAGUCAGAUUUGGUAUGCUCACAUUUGGUGUCCUGAUAUCAGGUCUUUCGCCUCAGGCCUGAUUGUCUGCUCUUUCGCAUCAAUAAACACACACCAACCAAUUCCUGUCGCUGAGCUUUAGAGCAUAAAAUCCACUGUUCAUGACAGGUUACCUCAGCGCAGAAUUUUUGUAACAUAAGUACAAGAAUUAUAAACCUCUUAAGCAACUCAAAUCCAGAGGAUACAGUAAUCUUGCCCUCACAGUGGUGGAAAUAAACUCAUGUAUUUGGAUCUCUGGUUGGGAACCGGUACCUGCGAGAGCGUCUGGUCUAUGUCUUCUGUUGAGCGAUGAAGAGUUUAAGGCUAUCUGAGACGGGAGUGAGGGAUGAGAGAGAGAACUCUCCUCUGUUCCAGUAUUUGCAAGAUUUAGGACACACAGAUUUUGAGGCAUGUUCACCGGUUUCUCAGGAGGAGGAGUUAAGCGCUGGUGGAGAGGAGAGGCCAUUUCCACAGGACAUCCUCUCGUCUCCCAGACAGAAGGCUGGUGUUUGGAGGCUGGUUGAUGCACUGCGCAGCCUUAGUCCACUUCAUCGAGAUAGCACCACCCAGUGGAAGGAGCAGCAGCUGGAUGCUGCUUUCCGCCAGUAUUCCCUGCGCUGUCUGUUAUCUCAGGAUGUGCUGUUACAAGAAGAUGUCGAGCUGAUUGAGCUGUUGGAUCCGAGCGUCCUCUCUCUGGGCUCAACAGAUACUGUCUGCCCCAGUGCCAGCAUCGGCAUACCAGCACCACGCUACCUCGCACAACCCUCUAUAUGGGAAGUUUCGGUGUUGGUCGGGGUGCUAGCCGUCCUGCUUGGUGUCUGCUGUUUUUGCCCUGAUCAUAAGCUUGCCUUGUGGACGUCUGUUGCCCUGGUUUGUGCAGUGUGUGCGUGUCGUGGGAUGUCUCUGUGUCGCAAGGCAAGUCUACAACGUCACGUCCAAUCUCUGGCUAUCCAGCUGGAAGGUUUGGUGAAUAACAGCCGAGCGUUAACCAGCCUGUCCCGCAAAUCACUGCGUCUGAUACAGGAAACAGAAGUCAUUUCAAGAGGUUUCACCCUUUUACUCGACAGGGUGAGUGGUGCCUGUCCCUUUAACAGGGCAGGCCAUCUUCGCAGUCAGCAGCUGAUUGGUCUACGAAAGGCGGCCUAUCAGAGCCUUCGUUGCGCGUUCCGAGCCUCCCGUUUGGCCACGUGCGUCAUGCUGAAGUCAUUUCCGCUAAACUCCGAGAUAGACAAUGUCACCAACUAUGUGUCCACCGUUCCAAUCAGAGAGCUGGGUCUCGGCCUGGGGGUGGAGCAUCUUUCAGAUGAGCAAGCACAAGACUUGACCAAUGAUUACAGUCUACCUGCGCUCAAGAUGUUGUUCCAGUUGUGGGUGGGGCAGAGUUCCGAGUUUUUUCGGCGACUAGCUUUGCUGUUAUCUCCUGGGAGCCAGGAGCUAGACUCCAGGUCCACCCCCCUUACAUAUAACAGUGUCCCUUUGAUUACCGACUCCCUCCAUCGAACCCUGGCCUGUUGCCUUGGCGACCUUCAGCGCAGCUAUGACUUCCAUCGCUACUUUGAGACCCAGCACCAGACAGUGGGCUCAGGAAAAAAUGCCCGUGCCCGACAGAAAUGUAGAGAGCUCAAUUCUCUGCACACUUCAGUCCGCAGUUUACAACUUCACCUGAAAACUCUCUUAAACGAGGUCAUAAUUCUCGAGGAUGACUUGGAGAAAUUAAUGGUUGCUAAGGAAACAGAGGAGAUGACGUGUGCAGGAUAUCAGGAGCUGAGGGAACGUUUACAGCUGUUGCAGCCACACAUGCAGGCCAGCACCUGCUGCUGGGAUGACACGCUCGCACAGGUCGACCGCAUGCUGCGCAGAGUCUCCAGCUGUCCAGAAGGUUCUGAACCGCCGGAGGAAACCGCUUUCCCAGAAUCCCCUCCCAGUGCCCCAAUUGCACACAUACAGGACAGAGACCCCAUUCCUGAAGAACAGGAACUUGAGGCCUAUGUUUCGGAUUCUGACUCUGAGACAGAAUGGAGGGCGACCGCAGACAUGUUGUCGCCAUGCGAACUGGAGAGGCAACGGCGGGAACGAGAAGAGUCGAGGCGCGUUUUACUCGAGCUGAAAUCCGUCCUGGGAAUCCGAGCCUCGGAUGGAGAGAGAGACAAACGCAAGCGUCUGCUCUUCAGCGAUCAAGCUGCUCUAACUCCAUUCACUAAUGAGAAGCCUGAAGAAACGGAGACAAACUCUAUACAGGCGUGUAUUUCGGCAGAAGCUACUACUAACACAGGAAAUCACAUUUCCCAAGAAACACAAGGGCAACUAAUAAUAGCAGAAGAAGAGAGGAACGAUUGUGAAAACCAGACUGACAUCAUGCGCGAAAUGGAAGAAGAAAAUUUUUUAGUGACAGAAUUUUCUUGUGGUGAAUCGGAGGGGGUAACCGAUGCAAAUAAUGUCAUCUGUGGGGCGGAGACCACAGAGGAAACGCAGCUCUUCCAAUCAGAUGGGCUUAUUGAAGAAGGAACACAUCCACUACUCGCAGCAAGGGUUCCCACGCUUUCAGUGAUUGACAGGCUCACAGAACUGCAUGGCUCAGAAGCGCUAAGUUUUAGCUCCGCUUUGGCCGCCCAGGUAGCAGCGCGUUCGCAUACGUUCACACACAUGCAAGAAUGUACCUUUGGGGACUCCGAGGACGAAGAGGAAGUGACAUCACAGGAGGGGAGAGAAACUGAGGAGGACUGAAACCGCAUUUUCAAGACCGCCAGAAUAUUUAUUCUUGUGUUUUAGUUUAAUUUAUUGAGCUUGAUUUCAGGUCGCUGACAUCAUUGGAUGUAGCUGGUGUGUGUGAAUCUGUUUUGGUGUGUCUGUGCUUUGAUGUGUGUGUAUGUUUUAGAGAGCUGUAUGUUUCAUGGGACAUUCUUUGUCCACGUUCAUCAUGACAGGCCUCAGGUACAGACUGGCAGACGCUAGUACACAAAAUAACACCAAAACGGACACAUGUACUCACAUAACACAUCUACGUCAUUGGCCGUUGCAUACCUGUACUUAGAUUAAUGAAUGUAAAUGGUACAGAGUCUUAUUUUAAUUCCCAUUUAUUGGGGUAAACAUGUCCAGGUCAUACAUCACUCCAAAAUCAAAAGCAAAUGAUAAACUGUAUUUUGCAUGUAGAAAAUAAACCUAGCUUAAAAAAACUAUUUUUUUCAGACUAUUAGUAAUUUUUUCAUUAACACAUGAUUUAAAUAAAUUACAAUAAUAUGCACAUUUUUCCAAAUUUUAUUACCACAAAAAACUUUUAAAUAAUAAAAUAAAUGUUAUUUCUGUGAUGCAAAACAAUAGGGAUUAACCUAAUUUAUUUCAAUUGUGAAAUAUUUGUUGUACUUCCCUUAGUUAAUACUCGUGUCGGUAAACUUGUGGUUAAUGAAUUGGUUAAUUAAUGGAAUCCAAAUAUUUUCCUCAUUGUUCAGUUUAUAACAAGCUCUUUUUAUACAUCAUUCAAAAUAUAACUUUACUUUGGCUUUGGGGUUAAAUUAUGACCCAGACAUUUCAAUUAAUUUAAUUGCACAUUUAAGCAAGAAACAUACAAAGAUAUAUAUAAAUGGGAAUUAUAUAUGUGUGUGAAGUUAACAAAUAAACCAUAGGUGCAUACUAUGGUUUGACAGAAAAAAUAGGAAAAAUUUAACAAUGAAAAUAAAUCUCUCUUAUGCUAUUUUAUGUAUAAAAUAUAAACAUUAAUAAUAUGAAAUAACAGUUAGUGUUCUGCAUUUCCUUUCGAACCAUAGUACACAGUUACGGUUUAUUUAUCAACUACCCUAUAUACUGAUGUCCUACUGGAUUUUAGCUGGUUUUUGGUGACCUUGAAAAGACAGCAUCUUUCCUCUCACAAAAUAUUUGCAUAUUUGUUUAUGUGUCACUCUUUAAACAAAAAAUAAAAAUAUGCCCUUAUUCCAUUUCCACAUCAAACUUGUCUGUUUGGACACAGCUGGAUUUCCUGUGUGACCAUGACAAGGUAAUUUUUUUUCUCUAAAGAAUGUAGAAUUUUAUAAGUAUACUUGUCAAAGCAGUUUUUAACCCUUCACCUUCCCUUUAUUUACAGUGGUUUGCCUUAUUUUUGUUUCACAAAGAGUAUAUCUCUCUUUGGCAUCAUAUAUUCUGCUCAUGUACAAUUGUGUUCUUUAUUAGUUGUUGGGCCCUUUUCCAAGUACUGGCCCUAAAAUAUUACUCUAGGCCUUCCAUAUUGUCCAAAUUUAGACCCUAAUAUACACUGCAUUUUAUUUGCCUUAAACACUCUUUGCCCCGGAGGUGUCAUUGCACUUUAGAAUUACACUGAAAUGUUACAUUGAGACAGAAUGAAGGAGAACUUUAUGAAAACAUUUGAUCCUAUGACUCCACAUUUGUGUGUAAAUUGUUAGUUGUAUGUUUACCACUCUUCAUUCAUUUUUUUCAUGAAUAUGCAUGACUUGCAAGCCCGUCUUGGCAGUGGCAGGUUAUAUUUGACCUUUUUUCGGAGGGUCGUGUUUUUCCUCCAUCCACAUUCCUUCAUUUUGUUUGUGAAAUAAAGUAUAUGUACAUA